UUUCAUGUGUGGAAUCGUCUUUUGUCUCUCUUCUGGGGAGAUUCCAGGCCAGGCCUUACCGCAGUGGGAAGCGCUUCACCAUUGCAAUGCACGUCGCGGUCCCAACGCCCACGCUUCUCAUUCCUGGACUCUUGAGCCGGGCUUUCACGCCGAGCUACACGGGUGGACAUUGCACCUUCGUGGUAAAGAACCUGUUCCACAGCCGAUAGUCGAUAAGCAGGGCAAUGUCCUGUGCUUUAAUGGGGAGGUCUUUGGUGGCCUUGAGGUCGCUCCGGACGAGAAUGACACGGAAGCCUUUUCCCGUAUGCUCCUAACUGCUGUCGAGUCAUCGGCAACAGUUCAUGACACUGAACGCCGGCUACUAGCAUGUAUUUCUGCCGUCCGUGGUCCAUGGGCGAUGGUGUACUGGCAAGCGACUACUAAGCGCCUAUACUUUGGGCGAGAUGUGUUGGGCCGGCGAUCGCUCUUAUGGCAGUGGAGAUCGAACACUGAAGAACAGACGCUGUUACUUGCAUCCGUCGCUGCUUUGGAUGACGUGUUGGCGAGUAAUGACUUGGAUUCCAGUUGGGAGGAGGUGCCGGCUGAUGGGCUAUAUUGCUUGCAACUGAAAGAUCUGGCCACACAAAAGCCGAUUCGUCACACCUUGACACGACAUCCCUGGCAAUAUGAUACAACACUGAGUGCCCAAACUUCACCACACGCGGUACCCGAUUUGGCACCAUUGGUAGCGCCAUUUGGACGCCUCAACCUGCGACUACCUGAAUCUCCGGAAAUCGCAUGUCUGAACCAGCAUGACGGAGCCGGUUUAUCACUACCGCCUUUGAAGCUGUUCCCACGGAUGGACGAAGCCGUAGAUACCCUAGAACAGGUACUAGCGGAAGCCGUUCGCCUGCGAGUGGAGAAUAUACCCACAACAAACUCCAUACAGGACGCACGGCUAGCAAUUCUGUUCUCGGGUGGCUUAGAUUGCAUUUGUCUUGCUGCAUUGGCGGAUCGCUAUUUACCUAAUGGCGAACCUUGCGAUCUGCUUAAUCUUGCAUUUGAAAAUCCACGAAUACAGCGAGCAAAGGGCAAAUCUCGACCAUCUGGCAAACGUGGACUUUCGAUAGAAGUUGCAUUGUCUGAAGCACAUGAUUCGUCCAUUUAUAAUGUGCCAGAUCGGCGAACUGGCCGCUCCGGGGUUGCUGAACUGACGAAACUCUUCCCGAAUCGACCUUGGCGAUUUGUGGAAAUUGAUGUUCCUUAUGCGGAAGCAGUUGCGGCAAGACAAAGGGUAAUGGAGUUGAUGAAGCCGUUAGAUACAGUGAUGGACUUGAGUAUCGCAAUCGCCUUUUGGUUUGGCGCUCGAGGAGUUGGCCACAUAGCAAAUCCAGGGGAGCAGAGGCAACCAUACAUUAGCAAGGCGAAGGUGCUUUUCAGUGGCCUCGGUGCGGAUGAGCAGCUUGCUGGAUAUAGUCGACAUCGUGCAGCGUUUGAAGCAAAAGGCUGGGCAGGAUUGGUAGACGAGGUUCAGUUAGACGUUGAGAGAAUCGCAAAUCGUAAUCUGGGGAGGGAUGACCGCAUCAUUUCAGAUCACGGCAAGGAGGUCCGCUUCCCGUAUCUUGCAGAGGAAGUGCUGGCAUGUCUCUCUGCCAUGCCCAUACAUCUGAAGGCAGACCCCCGCUUACCCAGGGGUGUGGGAGAAAAGCUGCUCUUGCGACAACUAUCUUUAACCCGGUUCGGCUUGGACCGGGCAAGCACGGAACCAAAACGAGCGGUGCAAUUUGGUGCAAGAAGUGCCAAGAUGGAUAUUGGAAGCGGUGGGCUACGUGGUCAAGAAAGGAUUGAUCCCACCUGAUUACUUGUUACCUAUUAAAUACUUGGCGGAGCUUGCCUCCGUAGAUUAGAUAGGACCAUUCAUCCACUUUUUUAUUAGUGAAUAGCAAGCUAGCGAUGAAAAAUGUGUUUUGCCAAUGUUCCUUUCUGCUAUUACAGCUGAUAUUUAUGCUGUAAAGCAUGAUAAUGAAUGUGCUGUC